AUGAAUUUAUUUCUUUUCUUUAUUUUAGCACUUAGUAAUAUGUAUAAAUUACUUAAACCAACACAUAUUGGUAUAAAUUAUAUGGUUGAAAAAUUACAAGAUCAUAUAUCACAGAUUGGUCAUGCAAAAAUUCAAUCACUUAAAGGAGAAAAUUUAUCAACAUUAUUUGUUGAAACAUUACUUGAAUUACAUACAAAAUAUAUGAAUGUGAUAAAAGAAACAUUUACUAGUGAUCCAGAAUUUGUUUCAUCACUUGAUAAAGCUUGUACUACAAUUGUGAAUAUGAAAUAUGGUAAUCGUUUAUCAGCUAAAGCACCUGAAUUGCUUGCUCAUUAUUGUGAUAGUCUAUUACGUAAAUCAUCAAAGGCAGCUUCAGAUAGUGAAAUUGAAGAAAAAUUACUUAGUUCAAUAACAAUAUUUAAAUAUCUUGAUGAUAAAGAUUAUUUUCAACGUUUUUAUCAAAAAAUGCUUGCACGUCGACUUAUUAAUCAACAAUCAAUUUCAAUUGAUGCUGAAGAAUUUAUGGUUACAAAACUCAAACAAAUAUGUGGUUAUGAAUUUACUGGAAAAUUGGCUCGUAUGUUUCAAGAUAUUAAAGUUAGCGAUGAUCUGAAUGUGGAAUUUUUGGAAUAUCUUAAAUCUGAAUUAUCAUCAACAGCACAUAAUCAAACAAUGACUAGUUUGAUUGGUCUUGAUUUUAAUAUUUAUGUUUUACAACAAAUAUGUGGUUAUGAAUUUACUGGAAAAUUGGCUCGUAUGUUUCAAGAUAUUAAAGUUAGCGAUGAUCUGAAUGUGGAAUUUUUGGAAUAUCUUAAAUCUGAAUUAUCAUCAACAGCACAUAAUCAAACAAUGACUAGUUUAAUUGGUCUUGAUUUUAAUAUUUAUGUUUUACAAGCAAAUUCAUGGCCAGUUUCUCAACCAACAACUAAUACAUUUAUUCUUCCACAUCUUCUUGAGAAACCUUUACAUAUGUUCGAAGCAUUUUAUGGUAAAAAAUACAGUGGUCGAAAAUUAUGUUGGAUGUACAAUUUAUCAAAUGCUGAAAUUCGUAUGACUCAUUUGGAUCGUUCAUAUUUUGUUACAAUGGGUACAUAUCAAAUGGCUAUAUUAUUACAAUUUAAUGAACAUCAACAAUUAACAAUCACUGAAGUAGAAGACGCUACUAAACUUAAUAUAAAAGAACUUGAAAAACAAGUUAUUUCAUUAAUUGAUGCCAAAUUUUUACUAGCCGAUACUAAUAAUUUAACAUCAAGUUCAAUUAUAUCAAUUAAUUUUGACUAUAAAAAUAAACGAACAAAAUUCAAAGUACCAUUAUUACCUCAAAAAGAAGCCACUCAUGAUUCUGAAUCAUCACAAAAAGCAGUUGAAGAAGAUCGUAAAUUUUAUCUUCAAGCUGUUAUUGUACGCAUAAUGAAAGCACGUAAAAAAUUAAAACAUAAUUCAUUAAUUGAAGAAGUUAUAACACAAUCUAAACAACGUUUCUUACCAUCAAUUCAUAUUAUUAAAAAAUGUAUUGAAAUUCUUAUUGAUAAACAAUAUCUCGAACGAAGUUCAAAUGAUGAAUAUAGUUAUAUUGCUUAA